AUGCCAAAUCUUUAUAGAUCAACCUUAUAUGAUCAAGGAAAUAACUCAGGUGAUUUUGAUGAUGGCUAUGAGGAAUAUGAUAACUACAUGGGUCAGAACGAGAGACAAGUGGUCAACACGGGUAGCUAUGAGAGGCAAACAGUCGGAUUGGGUGCGGCCGAGAGAGUCAAUCAAGGGAACGUAGGGUAUCAACAAUAUGUGCAACCAACGCCUAUACAACAGAUUCCACAACAAUAUCAUCAACCUGACCCACUCAAUCAGCAGCCUGCUCCAAGAAGGCCGGUAGUGGACAUUCCAUUACCACCGCCGGCACCUCAGAUGCAGGGUCAGCCAAGACCGCUGCCACGAAACUUACACCGACCAGUGAUUUUACCGGAAGGAAUUCCACGUCGAAAUAAUCAAGGUCCAGUUCGAGGUAUAGAGAGCCACUUCAGGCCUGCUAUAGUUAACAACCCAUCACCGGUUGUGAUCCCACAUUUACAAGGAGGGCGGUCAUUCGAAGUACGAACGCAAUCAAUAUCCAGUCUGCCUAAGUUUCAUGGUCAUGCACAUGAAGAACCAUAUCUACACAUUGCUGCAUAUGAUGCACGUUGCAACACAAUCAGCAGCCAAGGUUUCUCAGUUGAUGAUGUGAAAUUGGUACUUCUCCAAUUCACACUUGAAGACAAAGCGCAGCAAUGGUUUCAUUCGCUACCGUCAGCUUCGAUAUUCACCUGGGGCGAAAUGCAGCAGCAAUUUUUAGAUGAGUUCUAUACUCAUUUGCGUACUAACAAUGCAAGGAAAGAUAUUCGAGCGUUUCGACAACAGCCCGGUGAGUUAUUUCACGAAGCGUUCAAUCGUUUCAAAAUGAUGCUCAAGAACUGUCCACAUCAUGAGAUAUAUUUAUGGGAGCUUAUUAAUACAUUCCACGAAGGCCUAACAGAUGAAGAUGCCAGGGAUGUAAAUUCAAUAUCCAAUGGUACUUUUGGAAUGAAUUACGAAGAAGAUGAUUGGGAAUAUUUGGAAAGAAACGCAAGGGCGUCAAAACGCAAGGCUCAAUCUUCUAGAAGUGCACGACAUUCGACAGUGAGAGCAGUAGAGAAUCCACCGGAGGUAAAUGGUCAGUUUCCAUUGUGUGGACAUUGUGGAGAUCUAGGGCAUAGAGCGGAUCAAUGCCCAGGCAUAAUUGGUGAAAAUGAAGAUGUGAACUAUGUACAAGGUGGGGGUGGUGGAAGAAAUUUCAACAGGCAAUCCAACACAUAUCACCCGGGCCUUAGAAAUCACCCGAAUUUUAGCUAUGGGAAUGCGAAUAAUCAGCAAAAUCCGGGAUUUCAAGGCAACAAUCAGUCUGGUGGUCAAAGAAACUUCAAUCAGAACAGAUUUCAGGGCAACUUUCAAGGUGGCUACCAAAAUGAUCAAAGAGGACAAGCUGGGUCGUCUAACACUUCGGGGGGUAACGAUAUAAUGGAGAUGUUGAAAUCAAUUCAGCUCGACUUACAGAGUCGAAGACUUGAAUUGAAAAAUCUUGCUCAGAAGGAGGAGAUGCGAGAGAAAGUCGUUCAAUCAUUAACUACACAAAUGGCCCAACUUGCAACCGAUGUGAAGGAUCUGAAACAGAAUAGUGGGAAACUACCAAGUGAUACAACACCAAAUCCCGCUCAUCAAAAGAAAGGCAGUCCAGUCGGCCAGGUAAGUACUCUACGUAGUGGUAGAAAUUAUCACAAGGUCGACACUCCACCACAGCCCAUGGAUGGUGUGGUGGAGGAUUUAGGUGAAAAUGGUGAGAGUGACGAUGAGUCGGAGCCGAACAUUGUUAAAAGUAAUGGUAAAAACACCCGACCUACAACUUCUGAACCAGUCAAGGCUAAGGAAGGGGAAUCUAUUCUACCUCCCUUUCCUGAAGCCUUGAAGGAUCCGGGUAACACGAAAAUAAUCAAUAAAAGGGGACCUCAACCGGAGGAAAUUUUAGAGGUAUUUAAACAAGUAAAAAUCAACUUACCCUUAAUUGACGCCAUUAAACAGGUUCCGGCUUAUGCUAAGUAUCUAAAGGAUUUGUGCACUCAAAAACGGCAGCACAAAGUCCCUAAAAAAGUUGAUCUCACUGAUACAGUUAGUGCCGUAUUGAAUGGGGUCCUUCCACCUAAGCUACGAGAUCCCGGAACGCCUUUAAUUUCUAUACAAGUUGGCGAUUUUAAAAUGAGUAGGGCGUUGUUGGAUCUCGGAGCUAGCGUGAGUAUCCUUCCGGGAAGCUUGUACGACCAAUAUGAUUUUGGUCCACUGCGUCGUGCCGACACAACUGUUGUGUUGGCAGAUUUGACCCCUAAGCUUCCUCGAGGAAUAGUUCGCGAUGUGAUAGUUAAGGUGGAAGAGUUCUUUUUCCCUGUUGAUUUUUUGGUGCUUGACUAUGUCUCUGCUGAUUAA